CUCGUGUCUUCAAAGUGUUCUGUCACGUUUAAGCGGUUUUUCUUACUUGAACGUGUUUAGAAAAUAAAUAUUAGUGAAAUAAAAUUUGACAUAAUUUAAAUUUUACAUUAAUUGACUUCAAAAUAACAAUUUAUCCAAAGGAAAGGAUUACUUCGCUGGUUGUGGAAGAGAUCCCCUUUAAAAUUAUUUACAAUGCUUUCAAAUCUAAAUUAUUUACUAGUCACUGCCACCUGUUUUGUUAGUAUAUGCACGGCGAUAAGAGUGGAUUGGAAUACGAAUACAGGUCCCAUAGUACCACCAACACCUAGAACUACCGUUAGACCAGUGCCACCAUUUAGAGAACCGGCACCGGUGUGGGAGGAUUUAAGUAAUGAUAUACCCAAUCCAAAUCCUUACAUUUAUGUGCCACCACCACCUUCACGUCCUAAACAACGUCUGAACACAAAUAUCAACUAUAAUCUCAACAGCAACAAUAACAACAACUAUGGCAGCCUUGUUACACCACAAAAUGCAAACUCUUACUAUCAACAGAACCACUCGCCUUCAGUAGCAAGUUUGUCACCUCAAUAUAUACCCAAUGUGGGUACCAGAUAUGUGGCUGUAGUACCAACUACUUCAACAACAACCACAACAACAAAAUCUUCAUUUGCCAACAACAAAUAUGCUCAAACAUCAUCAUCAGCAAAUGCACUUUCACCGGAUAAUAAAACCUCUUAUAAAUUGCAAGGCAAAUACAAUGUCAAAACGAAAAAAUACAAAGCAUACGAGAAGGUCAAAUAUGUGCCACUUAAUUAUUAUUCUACACCCAAGCCCAGCAAUAAAACAACUGAGGCUCCAGCAUCCAGGAAUAAACAGCUAAACAAACAGGAACUGCCUGCCGUCAACAUAAAACAACAAUGGUCUUCCCCUUUCAUUUCCAAAAAUACCACCAUGAAUCCAAUUAAAACUUCCACCACGCCUUCCACCAAAUCCUAUACCAAGCAUGUAUAUGUUAAGGAUACGACGGUCAAGCCAAAGGCAAAAUUCAGUGACUCUGUAGAUAAGGCCAAGAAAAGUUGAAUUAGUUGUUUAAGUUAAACAAUAACUAUUCUAGAAUUUUAAUUGUUAUUAUUUUUUAUAUAUUUUCUUAUUAUUUUAAAUUCUCCUAUUAUGAGCACAAAUAAUAGAGAUAAAAUAUACAAAAAAUAUUAUUGAAAUUUAUAUUGCUUUAAUGAACGCUGUUGUGAAGAAUUCAGUUUGAAGUUAAUAAACUAUUAUUGCCAUAUUUGUAUUGGUAUGAAAGCAAAAUGAAAAAUUAAGCAAAAUUGUAAAUUGUAUACAAAAAUAUUUAAUUAAUUUGUAAAUAAAAAAAGCACAGUGUAUGAUAAUAUUGUAGAUUA